CCUGAUGCAGAUCUCUCAACUCCGAGGGUCUUCAUGCGCGAGGGACUGAGCCGAACGGCGAAGGCGACAGACGCGCUUUCCCCCCCUCUUUUUCACCUCUUUAUUCAAGAGCUGGCUUCACGGGGACGGUUUCAACGGGAGGAUAGAUUAACAGAGAGAACAGGAGACUGACAGAUGCGUUAAACUGGAUACGCUGGUGAGAGAUUAACGGCAAUAUUAGCGGUAAACACGGGAAACGCGCUGGCUGCCGUGAGGUGCCCGGAAUAUCAACUACCACCAAGGACCCCGUGAAUCGCAAUCAAUGUACGAUUGAGAGAGAGAGGGCAAGAGAGAGGUGUAUAUGCGUGUGUGAGAGAGCCAAGUGUAUGUGUAUAUGAGAGAGGGAGAAAGAGAGAGAGAGAGAGAGAGCGCAGCUUCCUCUUUGAAGCCGGGCAGCCGAGGAGCCACGAAAUAUUGUAUCGGUAUCAUCAAGCCGAAGAGCAGGCGGACACCCUCAGGCAGCUCGCAAUUUGCCCUCCCGAAGGAGCCGGAGGCUCUGCUGAACACCAGCGAAGAAAGGCAUUGUGGAUGUUUCUAAAAUAGGUAAUUUACCUGCACUGAUUUUUAAAAGUCUGGGAUGCCCUAAACGAAGAUGAAGACCCUGGAGUAGGCUCUCACUCUUUUUUAUCUGAGAAAAAUCACCAUACGAGGGAGAGCGAGAGGGGCCAAACGAGAAAUCUGCCUUCCGAUUUAUAAUUUUUUUUAGUUAUUUAUAAAUUUAUUUAUUUUGUGUCGCAGCGGUGGUGGGAACUGUUGUGGAAUAUGCGUUUCCGCGGAAAAACGAGACGAGCCACAUUUCAGGCAUCAACUUAGAGCCGACGAGGCUUGGACCCGCGGGUUUCCUGUAUCCAGAUGUAAAGAUGUGGUAAUCAAACUGUGCAUCGGAGAGAGAGAAGGGUGUUGUCGGAAAGAGGAAAGGGGGGUAUGACAUAAGAGGUGUUCUUUUCGGAAAGGGGGCAGGCUGAUUGAGAGAGGAGAACACGAAUUGAUGUGCGAAAGCGCGAGACGCGUUAGGUCUGAAAGAAUAUUCCCCAAAGGAAAGGAACAGAAUACCAAAACCAACGUUUUUUUUAAACCGAGGACACGACAAAAAAUUGUUGUGUUUUUUCUUUUUGUUUUUUGACACGAAAGCGGAUCUGUGGAACCCGUCGCGGAAAUCUGGGAUUAUUUCGGGCAGGAGCUGAGUGGGGGGGUUAACCCCAUGGUGACACAAUGAGGACCGCGCACAGCGAUGGAACGUAACAGAGCGCCACGCCCACUUCUGCUCUGCCCCGCCCCCUGGCCACGCCCGUUCUGAGCCGGCACUCCCACGGCAAGCACAGAUGCAUUACCGCAGCAACACAGGUCCACACACCCCCCUCCCCUGACUGCCCCCACCUCCCCGGCCCUGUUUUACCCACAAUCCCUCACUCCAGCAGCUCCCCCGAGGGGGAGGGGGGGCAGGGGCUGCUUUCCUCUGUUUCCCACACCUCUUCUGUUUCCUGUGCCUCUCUCUUCCCUCUGUCUUUCCUCUCCUCCCUCGCUCUCCUCCUUCUCUCCGAGCUUCGCUGGGGCAACGUGAUUGGCCCAGCCAUGCCGUCCCUGCCGCUGCGCGCGAGGGGGCGGGGCCAGUGGCGGCUGUGGGACGCCUGCCUCUUGUGGCUGCUGGGCGUGGUGCUCCGCCCGGUGCUAACGCUAACGGCCCCGCCCGGCAGCCCCAAACACCCGACCGUCUCCACCAACUACGGGAAGCUGCGCGGGGUGUGGCGGGAGCUGGCCAGCGAGAUCCUGGGCCCGGUGGAGCUGUACCUGGGGGUGCCGUACGCCAGCCCCCCCGUGGGGGAGCGCCGCUUCCAGCCGCCCGAGGCGCCGGGCUCCUGGCCCGACGUCCGCAACGCCACACGCUUCGCCCCCGUCUGCCCGCAGAACGUGCACGGCGUGCUGCCCGAGAUCAUGCUGCCCGUCUGGUUCACCGACAACCUGGACGCCGCCGCCGGGUACUUCCAGAACCAGAGCGAGGACUGCCUGUACCUCAACAUCUACGUGCCCACCGAGGAGGGACCGCUGACAAAAAAACCUCCCGACCCAGCAGCCAACCGGCCCCGAGAACAAGAUAUUCGUGACCGCAGGAGGAAGCCGGUGAUGAUGUUCAUUCAUGGCGGCUCCUACAUGGAGGGCACAGGAAACAUGUUUGAUGCCAGCGUCCUGGCUGCCUACGGCAACGUCAUCGUGGUCACCAUCAACUACCGGCUGGGUGUGCUGGGUUUCCUGAGCACGGGGGACCAGUCGGCCAAGGGGACUGGGCUGCUGGACCAGAUCCGGCGCUCGCUGGCUGAACGAGACAUGUCCACUUGGGGGCGACCGGAGAGGAUCACAUCUUGGGGGUUAGGGUGGGGUCAUACUGUACUGGGUCGGGUGGUUCUGACCCGGUCCUGUCCCGGUCCAGGCCUGUUCCACAGGGCGAUUGCGCAGAGUGGCUCAGCCAUCUCCAGCUGGUCGGUGAACUACCAGCCGCUGAAGUACACUCAGAUCCUGGCGCACAAGGUGGGCUGCAGCGGGGGGGAGGGGGCCGAGCUGGUGGCCUGCCUGCGGGGGAAGAGCUUCCGGGAGCUGGUGGACCAGGACAUCCAACCCGCCCGCUACCACAUCGCCUUCGGGCCUGUGGUGGACGGGGACGUCCUGCCCGAUGACCCCGAGAUCCUCAUGCAGCAGGGGGAGUUUCUCAACUACGACAUCCUGAUGGGUGUAAACCAGGGGGAGGGGCUGAAGUUUGUGGAUGACAGUGAAGGGGAAGAUGGGAUCACGCCCGCCAGCUUUGACUACACCAUCUCCAACUUUGUGGACAACCUGUACGGCUACACAGAGGGUAAAGACAUUCUCAGAGAGACCAUUAAGUUCAUGUACACGGAUUGGGCUGACCGGGAGAACACGGAGAUGCGGCGUAAGACGCUGCUGGCGCUGUUCACCGAUCACCAGUGGGUGGCGCCGGCGGUGGCCACGGCCAAGCUGCACGCGGAGUUCCAGUCGCCCGUGUACUUCUACACCUUCUACCACCACUGCCAGAUGGAGGGCCGGCCGGACUGGGCGGACGCCGCGCACGGCGACGAGAUCCCCUACGUGUUCGGCGUGCCCAUGGUGGGCGCCACCGACCUCUUCCCCUGCAACUUCUCCAAGAACGACGUCAUGCUCAGCGCCGUCGUCAUGACCUACUGGACCAACUUCGCCAAGACCGGGGAUCCCAACCUGCCCGUGCCCCAGGACACCAAGUUCAUCCACACCAAGCCCAACCGCUUCGAGGAGGUGAUCUGGACCAAGUUCAGCUCCAAGGACAAGCAGUACCUGCACAUCGGUCUGAAGCCGCGCGUCCGCGACAACUACCGUGCCAACAAGGUGGCCUUCUGGCUGGAGCUGGUGCCCCACCUGCACAGCCUGCACCAGGAGUGCGUCUCCACGGCGACACGCCAGCUGCCCGGCACCACACGGGCGCCCUGGAACGGGCAGGGCAAGCCCCCCCGCACCACGCGCCAGCCCCCCGGCACGCUGCCCCCCGACCCCGAGCCUGAGUCCGAGCGCCCCCGCUUCUCCCCGUUCCCCAGCGACGUGCGCGACUACUCCACCGAGCUCAGCGUCACCGUGGCGGUGGGCGCCUCCCUCCUCUUCCUCAACAUCCUGGCCUUCGCCGCACUGUACUACAAGCGGGACCGGCGGCACGAGCUGCGGCCUCGCCGGCUGUCGCCCCAGCGCGGGCCCGCCAACGACCUGCCGCACGCGCCCGAGGAGGAGCUGAUGUCGCUGCAGCUGAAGCGCUCGGAGCACGACCCACACCGCGACCUGGAGCCGCUGCGCCCCCACGACAUCCUGCGCCCCACCUGCCCCCCCGACUACACCCUGGCCCUCCGGCGGGCCCCUGAGGACCUGCCGCUCAUCACGCCCAACACCAUCACCAUGAUCCCCAGCACCAUCAGCGGCAUGCAGCCGCUUCACGUCUUCAACGCCUACCCCGGCCCUGCCCCCACGCCCGGCCCCGCCCCCGGACACGCCUACCCCGUCCCCGGCUCCACCCCCACGCCCACCUCCGGACACAACAACACCCUGUCCCACCCCCACUCCACCACCCGCGUAUAGUGGAGCUGCAGAGCGGGGCGGGGGGGCGGGGGGCGGGGGGCAAGGCUGUGGAGAGGAAGCUCUCUUCAUGUUCCUCUUUCAGAACUAUUCGCCUCCUCUUGCUUCUCCUCCUGCUCCUCCUCCUCUCUCCUCCUCCUCUUUCUCUUCUACUCACACUGUUUCCUGCUGCUGUCGUGUAACAGAGGGUAGGGGCUGUGUUGUUUUUGGCAGGGUGGGAAGGGUGAGCCUUUACAGCACCUGGACAACAACGAUUAAAUUUCAGUCAAAUAUAAUUUACACUGAACAUUUUACAAAGAAUGUGUCACAGUCAGCUUCAUGGAGGACCCUGGCCUGAGCACACACAGGACAGGGGUGGACCCUGGGGGGCGAGAAGCAGACUCUGUCGGGGGGGGUGGGCAGCAGGGGGGGCGUCCUCCUCUGCCCGGCCCGGGGGUCACAGGUGUGAUCAGGUCAUUUCUCCACCUGAUCAGUCCAGAAUCAAUUCCCCAGCACACUCAUAUGUUCUCUGUAAUAAUUAUAAUAAUUCAUACUCUGUAAUGAGCAUGAUACUAAUAAUACAACUUAUGAAAUAAGAAGACACACACACACACACACACACACACACACACACGCAUACACACACACACAAACGCAUACACACACACAUGCACACCCACACACACACAUCAGUGAGUCACAGCCAUGCUUACUGUUGUUUCUUUAGUUCCUGGAUGACCUCCUCUGUGUUGCUGACUGGCAGAAUGUAUUUGGUUUGAGUGGCAGGUUGUGCCCCCCCGCCCCCCCCCCCUCAAAUCCUUCUCUAGCCCAGCUGGGCUUUAACAGCCAAGUGUCCCCAGGACAUGUAAAUGGGGGGGUUGUGGGUGUGGUGUUACUCAGCCAUGUGCCUGUGCCGUGAGAAUGCUGUCUAACCCCCCCCGCCCCCCCCCCACUUGCGAAUUCAUAAUCCUACAGUUUGACCCACUUUAUCUUUAAUCUGAGGAGGAGGAGUUGAAAAAGGAGAGAAGGUGCCGCCCCCCCCCCACCCCCGCCCCUCGUACAUAGGCUGGACAUGUGCCACAGAUGACAAACUGUAUCUCCAUGACAACAAAACAUUUUAUCUUCAAGAGACUGGCCUCUUUUGGUGUUUCAGCCUCAGUGAAUGAAAUUUAAGAUCAGUUUAUUAGACCAGUGUUAAAGAAAAUAAGGACAAAACAAUGGAAAACGGUUCAAAACUGUCAGAUUCACACUUACUUUUUCUAGGACUUUUCUUGAGUUUUGUGGUCAGCUCACAGACAGAGGGCGCUGUUCCCCAGGAUUGAAGAUGAACACGUCGUCAGACGCACAGGACCAGGAAAGAAAAGGAAAACCUGUACAUUUUUAAGUAUCAGAUCUGAAACUGGAAAACAAACUCUUAUUUGUAAAUAUUGCGUUCCUUGUUUGGUUUUAGCGUGAACGGCUGCCAGCGUGUGUGAUGGCAGGUGCAAGCGUGAGACUCCACUCUUUCACUCCCAGUUUCACGUGGGUCACAAGGUUAAAGGUCAGAGGUGACAGACGGGGUCGUGGUUCUCUGCCUGGUCAGACUGGCGGGCGCCGCACACAGUGAGAACAGCCCCCCCGACGCCCCCCCCCCGACACUCCGCCCCCCCGCCACUAACGGACCCGUCUCCCGGGUGAGGAAGUGCUCAGUGCCUGCGGGACAGCCAGGUAACCCCUGCAGCUCCGCACACCUGGCCGUCCGCCUCACUCCUGAUUUGAUCUCACUGUAGCAUUGCCCCGGGAUCAAAGCCGUAGCACAGCCCUUUCGCGGGAGCCAGCGGCGGCGGCGGGGUCAGCACCGGCCGUGAGCGUCGUUUCCACCGCCUGAACAGUCCCGCACUCCCAGCCCAUCUGGCCUUACAGACAAGAGGAAGGGUAAACGGUCAGCGCCACAGCGCCCCCCGGUGGCUGUGGGAGGGAAGCGCAGAGAGACGCCGUCCAGCGUGUUGGCGGGCGCCGCAGAGCGUGCGCGGUUCAGCCUUACGAUCGGAGGCUCUGCCGGCUCGGACACGCCUCUCAUUCGCACGGAUCCCAGCGGCGCGCGGAUGGGCUAACGGCGCUAGCGCGUGCUGCGUGAACGCUAUUAGCCAUCCAGACGAGUCGGGGAUCAGCAGAUCCGUGCAAAUGCGACGCGGCUCCGUCCCAGCAGAACCCAACAUUUUAGGAGGGACUAGUUUCUGGAUCUUCUGAUUUCUGCUGAAUUGAAUUAUGUUUAGACAGGUUGAAAUGGGCGAGCAUGUUUCAUUUAUAAAGCAAUCCUCAAAACAGACGAGAGCCUCCAUUCUCCGCUUAUUUUGGUGUCACGUUAAUUUUUUUUUUUCAGUUUGGGUUCAGACGUGAUCAUCUCUGGCUAAAGGCGCGGCAGGUUUUAGGGGCUCUGCCCCAAAAUGAGGAAACUGCUUAUUUUCAAAUAAUUAUUGAGCAAGAGAUUUAUUUGUGCGAUGUGUUCUUACUGCGAGAGAAGAGGGAAGGAAAUACUAUAUUUUUGAAUGAAGAGAGUUUUUAAAAGGAGGUGGAUGGAGGCAGACCCUUAUCUCUGUGUGAGUGUCCCAACAGUGCAGACGCGUGAUGGAAUCUAACCUUCUCACAGCGUUCCCCCGCUGGUGCCAGAAUGCUGUGAGAAUGUCCGGAGAACGUUAGGAGAACGUCAUUCCAACGUUUCCAGGCCCACGGUUUGGGAUGCCAAAGGGUCUUGCACCUGUUGUUUUCUUUCAAAUUUUUGUCAAAUUUAAAAAAAGAAGAAAAAACUCUUUAAAAAAAGUCUUGACAUGAAAAAUGUUAAUAAUGGGUUUUAAAAACGAUUAUUUAAAAUAAAAUAAAAAACAAAGUUGAAAAAUAUUAGUACAGUGAGGAUAUUUCUGUUUCAUUUAGAAGUUGCUACACUCUGUACGGCGUGUAUCUCUGAUCGGGGAAACAUUAAAAGACAUUCAUAGACAAACUA